UUCAGUUCCAAUCCAGCGGCAAAGCGUUUUAAACAUACAUCCCUUCACACCUAACCCGAACCCAAUCUAAACCUACAGUUAUAUAUAUAAAUAUAUAUAAAAAAUUGCAAUAAACCAAAACGAAAAAAACGACAAAAUUCUCCAUUAGAAACAGUACAAAAAUCUUCUUGUGAUACAAACCAUUUCGGCAAACGAUGUUCCUAAUCUUCAGACGCUGCGCCGCUAGACAAAGAACAAUAGAGGAUCAAGGAUAGGAAUAAUAAUUUUUUUAAAAACAACUUAAACCACACACAAAUAGUUUUUUAAUACAAGUUUGGUUUUAUAAUUCAAACGGGCAUACAAGACUUUUUCAACUAACCAAAUAUUCGUUUCGUAUUUGUAUACACAUCACCAAAGGAGAAGAUCAAUUUCUUGAGACUAUCGGGCAAUCAACAAGACAACAAUAAUACAGUUUCAACAAGUUGACCUUUUCGCAAAGCAGUUUUUGAUUUCAUUACGGGCAACACCAUCUUUGGUUUUAUCAGAAGAACAAUAGGGCUACUAUUUGAUUAAACACAACGGGCUUCAAUUCGUUUUUCAACAGAUAUACAACAGAUAACUACAGUGACCAGAGGUUUUCAGUUUCCGAGUUUUUCAUUUUUCCGACGACAAGCUUUUUAAAACCGUUCUAUUCAUUUCGAAACUAAACAAGAAAAAAACGAAAAGAUAAUAAGAAAAAUCUGUGAUCUAUUAAACUGAUAUAAAAAAAGAGGAAGAAAAUUAAGAAUAUUUAUUUAAAGAGUUUAGGUGUACUUUUUUAAGUAACAAAAAAAAAUAUAAUUAUUUUAAAGCUAAACAAAAAUCGUAUUUUUCCAAACUAUCGACUGACGUGCCUUAAUAAGUCGGCCUUAAACUCCCAGAAAACUUCCUAUUAGAAAAUUUGUAUAUUAUUAAUAAUAAAACUUAAUAAAAAAUACAAAAAAAUAUAAAAAAAAAUAAAACAAUAUCGUGGCUUACAUUUUCGGUACAAAAAAUAUUUAAUACUGUUAAAUCUAAAAUAAUACUAAAAACAAAAUAAAAAAAAAACCAUCCCCAAUCGUGACUUAACAAAUAUAAUAAACCCAAAAUACUAAAAACACAUAAAUACGCCUUCGCCACCGACUAAGACUUCAAGAAAUCAAGAACCACACAGAAGAAUUUACAACGUUCCACUACUGAAAAGAGGACAGUGAAUUUUUCUACCAUAUACCGAUAUACGAAACCUAUCUUCAUUUUACGAAGAUCAAGAACCGGACGAUUCCGUUAGUUCCUUAAUAACAAAAAAAAAAAAAACACACAACCCAGGGAAAAUAAACCACUCAACAACAACAACAACAAAAAAAAAAAGAACCCAACUCCCAACCCCGAGUCGGAUUAUACGCGAGCUACGCAAAAAUAAAAAGCGAACAAAAUAAAGGAAAAGCCGGCAACCUGCCUCCCUUGGUGGGACAGUGCGACCGCAACCGAAAAAACGGAUCCACGUUGCGGCAGCAACGACGACUUUCCACCGACAUCGGCCAAAAUUACCGCCAACAUUUUCACCACGGAGGAACAGGGCCUGUUGAGCAACUUAAAGGUCGAACAUGAGAAUCUGGUAGCCAAGUGGUUGCAGAACUCCUUCAAGUUACAGCCCAAGAAAUCCGGUCGUACAAUUAGUUUUGACCUACAAAGUGAACCAUAACUAAUUGUUGUGCCAUUACCGAUAGACUGACUAACUGACACAAAUACCACGAAAUUAGAAACAUCGUUCCAAAAGUAGAUCCUUGAGGAAUACCCACAAGUGUUGUAGAUUAUGCAUGAGUAGUGACGUUGCCGUAAAAAUAAAGUGGGAAAACACCGCCCUGGAUUUGAGGGCCACACCCCUUCCGCCAUUGCAGAUACCCAUGGCGGAAGUGAACAACAGACCCGUCUUCAAGAUGAACAACGACUUCUGGAACCAUUCCAGGGGCCCGCCCCAGAACAUGCCGCAGAACCUCUCCAACUCAAACCAGAACUCCCCGGUGCCGGGCAGCACCAACUCGAUACCGGCCCACUCGCCGUCGCAGCAAAGCAACUCGAGCCAGAUCCACGUGGUCACGCCCGGCGCCCUGGCCCUGCAGGCCGCCAACAACCAGCAGCAGCAGCAGAACCCCCAGCAACAACAGAUGCAAAACAACGCCAUGCAGCAGCAGCAGAACAGCCAGAUCCAAAACCAGCAGCAGCAGCAGCAGCAACAGCAACAGCAGGCGAACGUGCAGCAAAACAGCCAGAACGUACAAAACCAGCCGGGCCAGCAGCAGCAGCAACAACAAAACAACCAGCAGCCUCAGCAGCAGGGCACGCCUCAACAGAACAACACGCCCAACCCUCAGCAGCAGCAGCAGCAACAACAGCCGUCACCGCACCUGGGUAGCCCCAACUCCCAGGCCCACGCCCAGGCCCAGGCGUUCGCCCACCAGCAGAUGCUGCAGCACCAGCAGCAACUGGGCAGCGGACAAAACUCCCCCGACAAGCUGAUGACCGAGAAGAUCGUGAACGAAUUGCAGUUGCUUUCCCAAAUAACGCUGCCGGAUUUCAAUCAACUGCAACGGAACUCGAGCGCCAUCUCCGAACGCACCCUGGAGGAGUGCUGGACGACGCUACAACGUGUGAGUUGGCUACUGUUUAACCGCAUCUUCAUGCACAAGAGUGCGAUGCAGAUGCACGCCAGAGAGCUGACCGGCAGAUCGGAGGUCAAGCCGCACCAGUGUCAGCAGUGUCUGAAGAGCUUCUCCAGCAAUCAUCAGCUGGUGCAGCACAUACGGGUACACACCGGCGAGAAGCCGUACAAGUGUUCGUACUGCGACAGGAGGUUCAAGCAGCUGAGCCACGUCCAGCAGCACACCAGGCUCCACACGGGUGAAAGGCCGUACAAGUGUCACCUGCCAGAUUGCGGGAGGGCCUUCAUCCAACUGUCGAAUCUGCAACAGCACUUGAGGAACCACGACGCCCAGGUGGAGCGGGCGAAGAACCGUCCGUUCCACUGCAACAUUUGCGGCAAAGGUUUCGCCACCGAGUCCAGUCUGAGGACGCACACAUCAAAAGUAAGCCAUUGCAUUGGUCGUUUACAGCAACAUGCCGCAUUAAUUGGAGGCCCGAACGCCACUUCGUGCCCGCUCUGCCACAAAAUGUUCCUCGGCGGCGAGGCUCUCAUGGAGCACAUGAAGCACACGCACAAAGACCCGAACGCCUCCGGUGUCGCCAUUGACGUAAUCGACCCGUAUUUAGCGAAAAGAAGGACCGCCAACCAUCCUUGCCCAGUGUGCGGCAAGCAUUACGUAAACGAAGGUUCACUGAGGAAACACCUCGCUUGCCAUCCGGAAACCUCGCAACUGUCUAGUAGCCUUAGAAUGUGGCCCUGUUCAGUGUGUCAGGCUGUCUUUACUCAUGAAUCAGGACUACUAACGCACAUGGAACACAUGAGGAUGGAUCCCAAGCACCAGUUCGCCGCGCAGUACGUCCUUUCGAGGGCGGCGGCCGAGAGAAGGGAGCGGGAGAACCUCCUUGGGGCCCUCUCCUCCGCCUCUGGCAGCGGAUUGUUGGGACUGGCCGGCAUGGGUACAACAAGUGGUAGUCCGAUGUGCGCCUCACCAUCGCACAGCGACAGUUCCUCAGGAAAUGGCAGACUAUCGUCGGCCGGAUCAGAAGCCGGCGGCCUCAACAACAAUAACAACAACUGCAAUACAAAACUAGGUGAUAUCUUGAGAAGUAACAACGGCUUGCACAACCAGUACAGCGUCGAGGACCAGCUGCACGGUAGAAUGGCCGCGAUAGCGAACAUGGUCAACCAGGGUGGUAUACCGCCAGGCCUCGGUUCGGACCCAUCAGCCGCCGCCAACAUCGCCAACAUCGCCAAUCUUGCCAUGAGAUUAGGAGUCACGCAGCCAAAUCCCGUGAACAACUCGAGUAACCCGUCGACGCCGCCAAUCACCAACGACGCACUGUCAUCGCUCUCCGUCAACGCCAUGAACGCGAUGCGGGCCAGCAUGGACAUGAGAAGCAUGGACGUCAUCAGGAACUCGGUGAUGGACAUGACCUCCUCCCAGCAAAGCCAGCAGCAACAAGAAGCGUUCAGGAUGCAGCACGCGGAAGCGUUGAUCAGAUCUCAGGCGGAAACGGCUCUCAGAUUAGCGAUGAGCCAGGCCCUCCCCCAGCUAAACCAACAGGAGAACAGCCACAGUCCCCUGCGCCACAACGGCAACUACCAAGGUCACCAGGGUCAAUCGUCGCAGCAGCUCAGUCCCGACCUGACCGAAGCCUUAAGGUUGCAGGAGCAAAGGCUGGAGCAGGCGCUGCGCCUGCACGGCAGCGAUCCCAGAUCGUUGGGCUUCUCGCUGUCCAGCACCCAACAAAACCAGCAACAACCGUGAACUUAAACCGCACUUACUGAACACGAAAAAAAUUUAACUAGUAAUGUAAUAUUUUAGAAUUUUAACAAGUUAUAUGAUUGUGUAUAUGCGAUGUAUAAAAAUUUUUUGGAUGAAAUGAAAUGAUAAUGGUACACAACAGCACACCCGUUUCGUCUCAUAGUUUUAGGUUUUAUCUGUUGUUCAUGCCAUGCAGAGCCUUGCGGACGCGUCACGUCGCUUCGCGUGCAAUUGUCGUCGCGGCGCUGGGCCCCUUUCUUUAUUUUUUUCGCGGGCGACGUUUUCGGAAGUUUAGCGCGCACCGGAUGGUCGAAGCUUUGACGUCGGAGGUUUCACACGACGCGACGUUUGUCAGUGUUGUCAGUGCUAAAAGAUGUUCAAGUUUUUAAUGAAAAUUUGACCAAAAAAAAGUGACGAAGGAACAAAUCUAGUCAAACUUUAGGAAAAAGUGAUUCGAUGCCACUAUAAUUAAAACAAAUUGGGAAUGUCGAAUUAAAAAAUAGUGGACAAAUUAAAAGUGCGAAUAUUUUUAAAAUAUAUUUAAAUUAUUAUUUCCUUUCGCAUCUAAAGUAAAUUAAAUAUUUACUGGAAGGAAUGUUUAUCUAGUCCUUUCAU